CCGCCAUGAAGCACUUCCGAGGAUUUAUUUGAUGUCCGCCCGUUUUCUCCGGUCUUGGCAACCCUCCCGGUCUGAUUCGAGAACCUGCGACCACCACCGGGCCUUUUACUCAACCUUGAAUUCCUCCAUUAUCGCCAUUGAUUCUGCUCUAUCAAUCCUAUUGUCCCCUCCCCAGCAAAGCAUCCAACCCUGUCGCGGCUCCCUCCACAGCGUACCAGCCUUCGAUCCAGCCCAGCAUUCCACCCUCGCAACAAAGAAACAAAAAAACACACGUAAAGGGCACGCACCUCUGGCCGGAGUCCAGCUCAGCGACACUCCGUUGACCUCCUCAACCUCCAAACCAAACAACCAAUCAACCAACCGCACAACUUCCAACCAAAGGAAACAUGUCCUACUACGUCGCGCCCAGCCAGCAGCGCACUCUCCGCGCUUGCAUGGUCUGCUCUCUCGUCCAACUCCACAGCAAAUUCAUGCGCGAAGGCUGCCCCAACUGCGACAACGUCCUCGGCCUCCGCGGCAACAACGACGCCAUCCAAGAAUGCACAUCCCAGGUCUUCGAGGGCCUGCUGACACUCCGGGAUCCCACGACCAGCUGGGUGGCUCGGUGGCAGCGGCUGGAUAGCUAUGUCCCCGGGACAUACGCCGUCAAGGUGACCGGUUCGCUUCCGGAUGAGAUUAUUUCCAGCUUGGAGGACUCGGGGAUCAAGUAUAUUCCGAGGGAUGGUAGUACUGGUGAAGAGGAGGCGUAGGAACGGGGCCACUCCUUUCGAUAUCUGCUGAAUGACGGAGGCCGCACGGCCUAGAAAUUCUGGGUGGAAGGUGGCUUUCUUCUUUUUUUCUUGUUCCU